AUGAAACUAUUAUCUGAAGGACAAUUAAGGUUUUAUGUUGUUCAACCAAUACAUCUCACAUCAUGGCUGCUCAUAUUUUUCAUUCUGAAAUCUCUCUCUUCUCUAAAACCCGCCCGACUUCCAAUUUAUCAAAGGAAACCUUUUAUAGCUGCUUGGAAUGCUCCAACAGAUCAGUGUUUGAUAAAAUAUAAUAUAAGACUAAAUUUGAAAAUGUUUCAGGUGAUUGGAAGCCCACUGGCCAAGGCUAGGGGGCAAAAUAUCACUAUAUUUUAUGUCAACAGAUUGGGAUAUUAUCCAUGGUAUACAUCACAGGGGGUUCCUGUUAACGGGGGUCUCCCCCAGAACAUAAGUUUGCAAGUACAUCUAGAAAAAGCUGACCAAGAUAUUAAUUACUACAUCCCUGCCGAAGAUUUUAGUGGACUUGCUGUUAUAGAUUGGGAAUACUGGCGACCCCAGUGGGCCCGGAACUGGAACACAAAAGAUGUCUACAGACAGAAGUCAAGAAAGCUUAUUUCUGAUAUGCAAGAGAAUGUAUCAGCUACUGAUAUUGAAUAUUUAGCCAAAGCAACCUUUGAAGAAAGUGCAAAAGCUUUCAUGAAGGAAACCAUUGAACUGGGAAUUAAGAGCCGACCCAAGGGCCUUUGGGGUUAUUAUUUAUAUCCUGAUUGCCACAAUUAUAAUGUUUAUUCCCCGAACUAUACUGGGUCAUGCCCAGAAGAGGAAGUUUUGAGAAAUAAUGAGCUUUCUUGGCUCUGGAAUAGCAGUGCUGCUUUAUAUCCUUCUAUUGGUGUCAGGAGAUCUCUUGGAGACAGCGAAAACAUUUUGCGCUUCUCGCAAUUUCGGGUACAUGAAUCCAUGAGGAUCUCCACCAUGACAUCCCACGGCUAUGCUCUGCCUGUAUUCGUCUACACAAGACUAGGCUACAGAGAUGAACCUUUAUAUUUUCUUUCUAAGCAAGAUCUAAUCAGUACCAUUGGAGAAAGUGCUGCCUUGGGAGCUGCAGGCUUUAUUAUUUGGGGAGACAUGAACUUAACUUCAUCUGAGGACAACUGUACAAAGGUGAAGCACUUUGUGAGUUCUGAUUUAGGGAGCUACAUAGUCAACGUGACCAGAGCCACUGAGGUGUGCAGCCUCCACCUCUGCAGGAAUAAUGGGAGAUGCAUAAGGAAGGCAUGGAGAGCUCCCGAUUACCUUCAUUUGAACCCUGCAAGUUACUACAUAGAGGCCUCCAAGGAUGGAGAAUUUAUUGUGAAAGGAAAAGCAUCUGAUACAGACCUGGCAGUGAUGGCAGAGAAAUUUUCCUGUCAUUGUUAUCAGGGAUACGAAGGGGCUGAUUGCAGAGAAACGAAGACGGCUGGUGGCUGCUCUGGGGUUUCCUCUUUUUCUGGCUCACUAAUAACACUAUGUCUUCUGGUUUUAGCAGGUUAUCAGAGCAUUCAGUUGUGA